AUGGACGAGUCCGAAUACACUGUCUAUAUCCGGGUGCCGAUACCCCGCGGCGACUUCGUUGACCCGCCAUCCGUGAGCGACACCUUGCUGGUAUCACAGGUUGCUUGGAGACCUGCGGACGAUGCCGCUCUGUGGAAGAUUCUCUCCAAGACAGGGACCACCCAGGACGACAUAAACUGGACACAAGUCGCCAUCCGCUUCAAUGUCCCCGUCGACUUUAUCCUUAAGCAGGUCGCAUACCUCACCGAACGACAUACAUCGCAGGUCCGCGCGCAACUGCUCAAGGCAACGGCUGCUGCCCGCGGAGGCUCAAGCAGCGCACCCUCCCCCGUACCUCGAUCUGAUUCAGCGGCUGCAUCCAGAUCACUACGUCGCGACUCGCCAUCGAUAAGGAAUGAGGCAGGCGGUACUGCGUCGUCUCUAAACACGUCGCGACCUGGUGUGUCUAGGAAUGCAUCUACCAGCACGGCCGUUCUAAGAGAUGCCGUAGAGGCUUCGUCCCCCCAGCUGGGCAACUCAGCGCGAACCGGCACGGCAAGCCGCCAAGCAGACCAAAUCCCUCGGAAGAGGCUCUCUUCGCUCCCUGUAGAUUCGACACCUCAAUCACCGCCUGCAGAGGUAAGCCCUCCCAGUGACAAUGAUCAGCCCUUGUCUCCGGGUCCGGCCGAGUCGAGUUCAGGCUCCUCGGAAGACGAAUCAUAUCCUGCACAGUCCCGGAUCAUUCGCCGACCGCCAAGAUACCAGCAAGAUGCUUCGAAUGUGUACGACGAGGACGAUGACGAAUCCGAACCGGCAUUCCAGCCCUAUCAGCCUCCAGCCGGCGGCAGUGACAGAUCGGGCCAGAGCAUGACAUCAACCCUGAGGGAGGAGGUGCGCUCGUCCGGGGCAAGGCGGGUAGGCAAGGCUACACAGCGUCCACAUCACUCGCAAACAUCGGAUUCCGACACCAAUUUACCGACGCCAGCGCGCAGACCAGCGCGCUCUUCGGAGCAGAGGACGCCAGGCCCACUGUCGCCCCGACGAACGACAGAGCUGGCCGGUCGGAGCCCAACCGCGAAGUCGAGGGAAGGGAGCGAUGGGACCCCAAGUAUGGGAAGUAGCUUCAGUGAUCUUGACGAUGCUUCGGUGACUCAAUCCGCGCUGGAGGAAGCGCUCGCCAGUCACAUGGGACGUCCUGGCUCAAGCAGUCGCUUUAGCAUUAGCCAGGCUUUCCGAAGCCGAUACAACCAGGGGGGGAACUAAUGAUGUAAUGAACACAUAUAAUGUAUGAUUCUCAUUCUUCGGCGAGGCGUUUGGCUGUCGAUACGCGUAAGGGUUCCUUGGGCUGGCAUAAUUCGGUGUUUGAUUUAAAUAGCGGUUGUCUGCAGUAGUCUGCAAACAAGAAGAAAUACAUGUUUGCGCCGCCUGAAAGCGAGCCUUUGUUUCCAAGCCGUGCGGAAGCUCAAUCACGGCAUGCUUGCUGGUGUCGUCCGAUAUCCUCCACCCUCCUUGAUUCUCUGACCUAACACUUAAUCCUUCUCAAGUUCUCGACUGCCUUUUCAACCUUCUCUGCGCCUCACA